AGUCAGCCUUUUAGUUUUUGAAACACACACUUCUUCGGUAACCGGUCCGUCCGCAAAAUGUCUCCGUUCCGAGGAGUGAUUAUACUGGCGCAAAUUCAGCUCAUGCAUUGCAUUCAUCUCAGACUCAGAUUCAUAUAGCGUCUAGCUCGACACCCGAGAGCUGCAGCCGUGGUGAUUUAACCUCCUCUGAACCGAGAGCAGACUGUCGUCGACCGGAGGUUUCUCGGGGUUUGAUCAGCGCUAUGGCGGAGGCUGCAGGGACAUCGAGUGAGACGAUAACGGAGACCGUUCAGACGGGCACACCGCCUCCACCGCAGCAGGAGGGCAGAAGCCUGACCAUCAAGCUCAGGAAAAGGAAGACGGAGAAGAAAGUGGAGUGGUCCAGUGACACGGUGGACAAUGAGCAUCUGGGACGGAGGUCUUCAAAGUGUUGCUGUGUUUACGAGAAGCCUCGACAGUUCGGCGAGUCUUCCUCGGAAAGCGAGGGUGAUGAUGAGGAUGGCUGUGGAAGCGCGCACUGCAUUCUGGGACACGGGAGAAGAGGCCAUGAACAGAGGGAGGGUGGAGGGAGCACAGCGCCCCCUAGCUCUGGGGGAAAGAACCCUCACUAGCAGUUAAGGGCGAGUCGGUUUGGAGGAAGGGUAACGGACGGCGUGGGCACUAGAUUCAUAAUCCCUCAUCCUCACUCACAUCUGAUUACAUCACACCAUCACUGGGUGUCAAAGCUUUUUGAUGAAUGAAAGCUUGUAGAGCAAUGCAAUGUGAUUCGUUUUCUCCUCUGUCAUUAGUUUAAUGACUCGAAGAAGACUAAACCUUUUUUUGUGAACUGAAUGCUGGGGAAAAUAUAUAUUUGUUGUUCAUAGGACAUCGGAUUUUAUUUCUUUUGUAAAAUCUAUAUUUAUUUCUUUGCGUUUCGCAACUUGAUCUUACCAGUUUUGUGUCCACAAGCAACAUUUUAAUGGAGUUACACCUUAAAAUAUGAUUCUGCAGGGUUAUAGCAAACGGAUUUAAAAGGAAUAACUGCGGUGUAUAAAAAGGAAUUUUCUAUCAAAUAUAAUUUGCCUUGCAGUGUCUCAAUUCUAGCAGCAGUACUUCUUCAUAUCACUUCGAGCGUAAUAUGUGUUGUGUGCUGUAUUGAAUUUAAAACAUGGCAAGUUUCAGGAACUCAGCCCUUUGGGUGUUUUUAUUUUUAUUUUUUACAAGGGCGCAUCAAAUCAUCUCCAUCAGCCGUCAUGAGUUUGAUUGAGUUAUAGUGAGACUCCCCUUAGACAAUCAGACUAGUCAGAGACUCGGCAUCUAGGUGCAAAGAUAUGGAUGUGUUUAUAACUUAGUGAAGUGGACUGAGAAACAUCUGUGAUGCUGUGAUGUGAAUUGAGAACGCCACCUGGAGCAUUACACAACACUGACAGCAGCUAUAAAACUGAAGAAAUAGUGCAACCAAAUAUGAACACUUGCUGAAAAUUUACUCAGGACAUCAAGAUGGAUUUAUUUAUUCAUGGGGACAGAUUUGGAGAAGUUUAACAUUACAUUACUUGGUCACCAGUGGAUCCUCUGCAGUGAAUGGGUGCCAUCAGAAUGAGAGUCUAAACAGCUGAAAAAACAUCACAGUAACCCACAAAUAAUCCACACAGCUCCAGACUAUCAAAUUACAUUUUGUGAAGUGAAAGGCUGCUUUCAAGCCACUACUAAGGACUAAAAUAUGAGACCAUAAUCCACUGAAAGUCAUCUUGCAUGAACCAGGAGAGAAAUAUGCACAGAUCAAGCACUGUUUACAGGCAAAAACUGCUAAAAACUGUUAUAAAGGAAUAUAUUGGUGAAUUUCGAUGUAGGAGAACAACAAGAGAAGGACUUUUUCUUACUGGAGAAAGUGUUUUUUUUUAUGGAUUAUAGACUCAUAUUUUGUCCAGAAGUGAUGGUUUAAUUUUAAAACACUGACUAAUGAUGGAUUUGUUUCUUCGUAAAUGUACAGCUUUUCACUUCAAAAAGAUGUUCACUGAUGGACUGGGGUGGUGUGGAUUACUUGUGGAUUAUUUAACAGAUGUUUGGACUCUCAUUCUGAUGGCACCCAUUCACCGCAGAGGAUCCAAGUGAUGUAAUGCUACAUUUCCUAUGAAGAUACAAACUCAUCUAAUACUUGGAUGGCCUGAGGAUGAGUAAAGUUUCAGCAAAUGUUCAUUUCAGGGCGAACUACUCUUUUAAACAAUGGAAUUGAUCUGAAAAUGUGUAGAUUUGGUAUCUCUUCCAUUCAUUCUCAUGCCUUAUACAAGAUAUAUAACUAUAUAACAUGUUUUGUGUGUUAUAUAGAAGAUCACCGUGACAUGUAUGGUGCCUCAUGUUAUCCUAGGCACUAUGGCUGCUUUUAUUUGGCAAAAAUUGCUGUAAUGUUGGGAGCGUGCAUGCCAUCAGGAUGGUGUGUAGUAGUUUAACUCCAGCUUUAAGGUGUAAAUGGAUUAUAUGUGGUAUAAA